AUGGGUGCGCCCACUACAAUCACCACCGAUCAGGGUGCCCAAUUCGAAUCCAAGUUAUUUACAGAACUAUUAGCGAUCCUAGGAAUCAACAGGAUUAGAACCACUUCAUAUCAUCCUGCUUCAAACGGCAUGGUGGAGCGCCUCCACCUCAUGCUAGGACUGCGUACACGCAUUCGUCUAGACACAGACACCAAUCCAGCCGACUUAGUCUUCGAAAAAUCAUUGAGAAUCCCCGGUGACUUUUCGCUUUUCACCAACGAGGAACCAAACAUUCGCACAUUCUACAACGAAUUUCGCGACUACAUGCAUCAACUGACACCAGUCCCAGUUACGCGCAAAACUGCAGUCAAGCCAUUCCUACAUCAGGACAUAAAGACUUGUACUCACGUCAUCUCCCGCAAUAUGGAGAACCAGACUUUGAACAUCGAAGUCAAUGGCACACAGAAGACAGUGUCUUUGCAACGUGUGAAGCCUGCAUUUAUCAUUCAAGAGGAUCCUGACGGCACUAAGAAAAAUACUUCACCUGAACCGAUCAAUAUCCCCACUUCAACAGUCGCUAACAGUGCUCACCCAACACCUGAUACGUCCAAAUCUUCACAGCUACCAGCAAAAGACACACUUCCCGCAAACGAUCGUUCUGCACAUUCUGUACCCAAACAAACAAAUUCUUCUCCGUAA